AUGGUUAGCGAGCGCUGGGGGCCUACUGAAGCGCGUGCAGCGGAAGAAGCCGCCCUAGAAGCUCGCGUGCGAAGCACCCGCUCUCUGUGGAACCAACCAUCACAGAGAAGACCACCAAGGGCUCCGUCACCGCCUCCCGUGUCGAGGAAAAUGAGAGCUAGGAGACGCCAACCUAAACGACUGACUUUGGCACCUCCGCCACCAGCGUAUUGUCUGGAAGCUCCCACUCAACUAUUUUGCGAUCCAUCUUGUAAGUUUCAAUUUGACAGUCCUCGCUCACAGCUAACGGAGUAUCAAAAAGCGAUGGGACGCUUAUCAGCGAGCGUACAAGCUGUGAUGAGAGCUAAUGCGUGUCGAUGCCCCCCAUACCGUGGCACUAACGUCAGUCGAUACGCACCCACCGGCCAGAGACCUUUCCGCUACCCCGACAGACGCUACGGCAUCUGGUGGCCACGCGAGAAUCUAUCACCCCGAUUGGAAAACAUAUUUAACAUUACACAGAUACAAAACAUCACAACAAGCCACAAAAUAGAAAAAACAACACCUAAAAUUGAAUUACAAAUUAAAAAAGAGCAACCCGAAUAUGCAUCUAGUGACGAACAACCAAAGAAAGAACCUCAAGUGCAACAAGAAGCUACUCCAGAGAGUCCAUCACAACAAAAGGAUAAAGUCGUUGUUGAUAGUCAAACUCCGUCUACGAGCGCUGCGGCGACAGAAAACAUGAGCAAAAAGCGCCUUUACAGCACCGUUCUCAGCAUGAGCCCACCUCCACCAAUCAAUUUAAAUACAGUGGGAUGUCUCCGGCUCUCGCAAAAACUACCACCUGGCCUAAUAAAAUUAAAUCCAAAAUUAGUUUUGUCCUCGAGAGUUCGACCAAACGUAGACAAUAAGUUUGAGGAACUGGAAAAGGAAGCUUUGGAACAAUACAAAGCGUCUGACGAAAGUAUAGACACAAAGUUUCGUGCGCUUGAAGAGGAAGCCGUCGAUCAAUACAGCACGAGUAACAGUAACACGAGCUGCAGCAGCGGAAAUUCUGGGGAGAAGAAACCUGACAAAUCUCCCCCAGUUAAUAAAAGUAAAGUAAAACCACAACCGUCAAAAUGUCAUAAAGACAAAUCAGUAGACAGCGUAGUGAUAUACUCGCAAAAUUUUCCCGACAUCAAUGCUAAAGGAAAUACGAAUAGUGUAACGAAUUUAAAAAACUACCACACCCCCCCAAGGGGGGAAAAAAAGGAACAGACACACAGAUCUAGUAAAUCUAUGAGAAACAGCAAGAUCGAAUCUCAAAGGCCAGCGUCAGACACUGAUUACGAAGCUCGAGAAUCAAAAGGGAGUCAUAAAGGAGCUAUGCGUUGGACGUUACACGUUAUGCCACCAAAAAAGAGACAUUUAACUUCUUGCGCGUCCGAUUUCUCUUCAGAUGAGGAUUUGAAAGACGGAAAAGUGUCCAUCAGAGAUGCUGGUCCCUGCAUAAAGAACCGUGCGACUGGAAAAAUUAAAUUAUCUGCGCACGGCGCUGGCGAUUUGCAUCCGAUUAUGAGAAAAACUUAGCCAUUUUAUCCAUCAUAUUUUACUAAAAUUUCAUAGAAUGCUCUCCAUUUCUCGUGCUACUUUAACUUGAGCUUUUAUUUCGAAUUUCCAGUGUGAUGUCCUGUUUGGUUUAUGACAGUUGUGUAUUAUUAUCCCACUUUCAGUGGCAUGAGUGAUUUUUUUUAUAUAUUUUUUACCGACUUCGUUAUAUACAUGCCUAGAUAGGUACACGAUUUUAUUUACAUUCUAGGGCAUAUUUUACGAGAUGCGAAACCGUAAAGUUUGCUGAGACUAACUGCAAAUUGGCUACUAAAGAUGUGCCCAACCCUUUACCUUGGCAAAUAAACAUAUGAUAUCAAUAUGUACCAUCGAUCUAUUGACGUAGUAACUAGCUGUAGAGAUAGAGAAAGAAGUUUAUAAAAAGCUUCAAAGUGUACUUUUGAACUACUUAAUUAUUUGAAUCUCUGUAAUUAAGUAUACUGUCUUAAGCCUGUUACCUCAUCAAAUCUGAUUUUUGAAUUGUUAUUUACAAAUUUCCAACAGUUCCCCAUAUGAAAGACGUUUCUCCUUACCGCUAUCCCCCAUAAUAUACUCAAAACCCUAUCUAGACAUGUAUUUGAAUUUUGCGGGUAGUUCUAGUGAGAUCCUAACUGGAUUGACAAGUUACGAACUAUAAUCAUGACCGGCACGGAGGUAUGUAGGUAUACCGCGAUGUGAUGAAACGUGUGUUAGCUUUAUGCAUUGUUUUUUUUACUAGUCAUAAAAUAUUUGUAUAUAUAUUUUUGUAUUUUUUGACUUUAUAUUAAGAAAAACAAUUUCAGUUUUAAAAUGACUUAAAAUUAACAAAGAAACAUAUUUCAUUAGAUGUUUA